AUGUGUUUUCUGACCAAGCAUCCAGCUCUUGGGGUGGUAUGUUCUGCUUUCAUAUUCAGCGUGCUCAUUGCUGAAGGACAGCCUGGGGAAGAGCAUGGGCAGGAUGGCAGCUAUGCUCCCAGCCGAGGCUAUCUGAUGGAAGUUUUACGCGUUCUUUCAGCUGACAACACUGAGCUCCACAUGAACCACUCACGAGAACUGGUCAAAAUGUUACUGGAGAGAGCUGAGUGCCCACAGCGGAUUUAUGGCAUGCAAGAGGAUUGUAAUCUGUGCCUUGAACCAGAUGCUUUGUUACUAAUAGCUGGUGGAGAUUUAGAAGACCAUCUCAGCGAAGAAGUAUUUGAGAGAAUUUCUCUUAUUCUUCUCUACUACAUUCUUCAUCACAGGGAUGUGUGUUCUUCAGAACUCAUCUUGAAUAAUAAGGAUUAUAAAUUUUACCUACAGAGUAUGCUUAGUUUAAGACAUGAUGAAGACUGUUAUUAUUUUUCACGGAAUGAGACUGAAGAUAUUUUGGCUGCAGUAAGACAACAUUUUAAAACUUCUGAAACCCAGUGUGUUGAUGUGAGUACUCUGGAGAAAAAUGCUGAUAUAAUGGACAGAGAUGGUGCUGAUGAAAACACUCUUCCACGGCUGGCUGCUUUAAUCAUUACUUUGGCUCUCCAAGGAGUCUGUAUGGGGAAAGCAAGUUUGCCCUCCCCAGAAUUCUUUAUAAAAUAUAUUUUCAGUUCUCUAAACAGUACCACUGAGCUCCAAGUGACAGAACUAGAACAACUACUACAUGUGCUUACAGCCAAAAAGACCUGCACUGUAAAUGGACAAUUCCACAGUCACAAAAGAAGACGUUAUAGUAUGGCAAUCAGAGAUACUGGAACCAGAAAUAUUCCAGUCAAAGGAAACCAUACAAAAGGAGACUAUCUGAAAGGUUAUUUUGAAGAUCGUGAAAGGAGCACAGAUUGGGACCAGGUUUGUUUCUCUGCCAAUGAACUUGUGAAGAUAUUUGUAAAAAACGGUUCUUCCUCCAUUUCUAAGGACCACUUCAAGCAAAUCAGUCCAGCUAUCAUUCAGCAACUAUUAAGUUGUUCAUGUCAGCUUCCUGACUCCAAGCAGACAAAGCUUCCACCAACAACUUUGGAAAAAUAUGGUUACAGCACUGUUGCUGUUUUACUUAUUACUAUUGGAUCUAUGUUUGGUACAACCCUCAUUUUAUUUAACUCCUGUCAAGAAAUCUACACGCUCAUUUUACAGCUAUUUGUUGGUUUGGCUGUUGGGACCCUUUCUGGAGAUGCAUUGCUACACCUUAUUCCUCAGACUCUUGGUUUACAUAAACAUGAAGCACAAGAGGUAGAACAUUCCUAUGAGGGGAAAGAAUAUAUUUGGAAACUUUUGGGAGUAAUUGGAGGAAUUCAUGGAUUUUUUCUGAUAGAAAAGUGUUUCUUUCUUUUAGUAACACCACGUGACCAGCAGGGCCUUUCUUUAGUUAAUGGGCACUGGGGACAUUCCCAUGAUCUUCCAGUGGAAUCUGAAUUAAAUGAACAUUCAGGCAGAGGCAAAUCUACUUCAACCAUACAGUUGAGAAGCCCAGAAGAUUCUGAGUCUGCUGAAGUUCCUCCAGAGAGUAAGGCGAUCAGCAAAAAAAGUAAGAAAAUUAGCUUGUUAGCAAUAAUGGUUCUGGUGGGUGACAGUCUUCACAAUUUUGCUGAUGGCUUGGUAAUAGGAACAGCAUUCUCGUCCUCAACAGAAACAGGUGUGACAACGACUAUUGCUAUUUUAUGCCAUGAAAUUCCUCAUGAAAUGGGAGAUUUUGCGGUGCUGCUAAGUACAGGGCUCCCCAUGAAGAUUGCAAUUUUGAUGAAUUUUAUAAGUGCACUAACAGCAUUCUUAGGACUUUAUAUUGGCCUUUCUGUAUCAACUGACUCAUGCAUCCAAAACUGGAUUUUUACUGUUACAGCUGGAAUGUUCUUGUAUUUAUCUUUAGCAGAAAUGCUUCCUGAAAUGACUCAUAUUCAGACACGGCGACCCUGGUUGAUGUUUCUCCUACAGAACCUUGGAUUACUAUUAGGCUGGCUUUGCCUCUUACUUUUGGCUAUAUAUGAACAGAAAAUUAAAAUAUAA